GCGACAAGCUUGUGAGGGCGAUUGUGCGCCGCACCGUCACUACUGCGAAGCUGCCCGUGGCGGACGUCGUCUCCUGGACGAAGGUGCCGCGGAACAAGUACUACAUCGGCUCCCAGGACAGGGUCAAGCGUGACGAGGCCAUCGUGACUGGCAGCAGCAUGGUUGAUGUUGAGACUCUCCGCGACACGGGGGUCCAGUUCAUCCCGGAGCACAUUCUGGAGGACAUCUUGGGCGGCAGCAGCUCUUGCGCAACGCAGAGCGUGGAGGAGUGGAAACUGCUCAGCAAACGACAGCGGCAGCGGCGCAGGGAAGGCUCAUACUGGGGCAACGUCCUCAAGCACAGCAUCUUGCAGCUGCGCCGCCAGUGGUUGAAGAGGCGAUGGGAGGACCACAAGCAUUUCAUGGCACUUAUGGAGGAGUAUUCUGAGGUGGUGGCAAGGGAGCAAGCGUUGCUUGGCAGUGUCAAGGCCCAGCGCCAAGCGAACUCCGACGCACAAAAAACCCGGAGGACCGCUGAUCGCAGCAGCGAUCGCACUGAAGAGCGCAAGGUUGAAGUGUGCCUGAUUGAUGCCUUGAGAUCCCUCGGUGUCCCGCUUCAGUACACAGACAAUGGCCCCUUCUGGGCGCUUCGUGACGGCAAUCGCAUGUUGUUGCCGCACAAGCCGCUCGGGAUGCAGAUUUUGCCAAUGGCUAGCGUGGAGGACAUUGAUGUGGGCAAGUACGUUCUGCAUUGGAACAACCACUUUACAAGCUUGCAGGUGUGGGGCGACGGCUCUUACAUGUGGAGGCCAACGCUCCGGCGGCAUGUCGGGAAGGUCGGACGAUGGAACCCCACGAUUCUUCGCCAAGGGACUAGGGUGUUCAAGCUUGCAUGCGGCGCUGCAGAUGGCAGCUACGCUGCGAUGGGAAAUGCUGGAGUGGCCCCGCCGCCCAAGGCGCUCGAUGUGCAAGGCGGCGCAGACCUUUCAAGCUGGACAUCCAUCUCACGCGUAGACCCUGUAGAGCGGCUACAGAUCUGCCACGCGAGGGCCCGAACGCUUGAGCGGAAGCGAGCGGCCCCUGUCAGCGUGAAGAUCCACGAGGUGCCAGAUGAAGAGGAUUUGGUAAGCAAAGGCUUUUCCAGGGAGCAAGCAGCUCGCUACAGAGCGGCCUUGACAGAAGCAAUUGCAAGGCGAAGGUUCAUGCAGCUGUGGAGCGUUUCGAUGCCACCCAUGAUCUGGCAAACGUUUGGCAGCGACCAGGAGCCUGCU